GUUCAGCUACUUAUCCAUCGUCCACAUAUGAUAUGUGGCGUCAAAAUUCUCUCUUCUCUCUUUCCUUCCUUUCCCUCUCACUAAUAACCCUUUACAGUUUCUCCAGAUUCCUAAUUCCCUCCCUCUCUUUCUCUGAUUUUCCCUCCGACAGAAUCAUUUCCUUCGUCUCUGUCCAAUGGCGGAAACCUCUGCCCUCUACUUCAAACGCUUCUCUCCAAUUCCUUCCGUUUCUCGCUCAAGGGAUUCAAAUUCCUUCCUCUCCACAUCACCUCUUUCUUUUCCCUUUCCUUCUAAAUUCUCCAAGUCCUUUUCUCGCUCUUAUCGCUCCCUUCACUUUACCUCCAAAGCUUCCGAUUCCGGUAACUUCCUCGGCGACGAUUUUCUCGGUUCUUUCCCCUGGUCCGAUGGCGAUAACGCGAUUGAAUGGAUUCAGGAGGAGAAAGUUACACUGUUCACAGCUGAUGGGCUUAUUCAGAUUGGAGGUUCUGUGGUUCCUCGACUAGUCAGUUCUUCAGAUAAGAAGCAAGGUAGGUCAAACACUACGCAGAGGUUUCAACGUUAUCAAGAGAGUGAUUAUAUGGACCCACAGCAGGGCUUAUGUUUGGGAGCACUCUUUGAUAUUGCCGCUACAAAUGUAAGCCAUGCUUUUGCUGUUAUUUUGGAAGAGACUGUGUGGAUUCUUCUCCGAUAUCUUAUGUAUGGGAUUUGGUCAUUUCAGGGACUUGAUACGGGCAGAAGGCUCUGUAUAUUUGGGUUUUGUCGUUCAAUUGAGAUGCUAAGUGAUGUUGUGGAAGACACUGUCUUAGAGCAUGGUGGGGAGAUUGUCGCUGCAGAGAAGGCAAUCAAAGGGGGUUUACAUGAAAAGCUAACCAUGACUGUAGCAGUACCAUAUCUUUGGGGGGUUCCUCCAGCUUCAGAAACACUUCGCCUUGCUGUUCGGAGUGGUGGAGGGAUUGUAGAGAAAGUUUAUUGGCAAUGGGAUUUUUUGUAAAUGAUGUAUCAAAAUCCUUCUAACCGUCAAUAUUUGUGCAUUCUGUAUAUAUAAUUGGUCUGUUUAUAUGUACAAAUUCAUGAUGUUGUAUCAUUCAUGUCUAAUGACAAAUUGACAAAUUCAAUGUUAAUAUCUAAUCUAUUUUUUUCAAUUUCAUGCGUCA